GGAUUUUUUUGGAGACUGCUGUGAGUAGACGGAGUCCCCUCUAUUGUAGGGCACAAACUCUCUCAUAAUGUAAUCAAUUCAUCCCUCCAUUCUUUGUCAUUUCACUUGGUGUGUUUUAGAGGAGAGUCAGAAAUGUACUUUUAAACUUUAGCUGGGCAGGAGCUUGAGUAGAAUUUUAAUUCAGCCGUGCUGGUUUAGGAGUGGAGCCCUCCGUGACGUAUCUGAGACCAUUAGCUGGCAGGGAUCUUCAUGGACCAGUAAGUUGAGUAAAAUCGCCUCUGACAAGACCUCUGCGUCUCUGGAAGGGACAGCAUUUACAAAAAGCAGCACUGCACAUCUCAAUCACUGUUGCAGUGUGAGUUAAAGGUGAAAAAGGAAACAAAGAGACAGCGGGAAGUGUUGUCUCUGAAUUUGCCUUUGUGUCUAGGAUGAAGCCUGCUUUGGAAACUACAACCCCUGAAGACAAUCACGAACUAAGCCAAGAAAGCAAAGGUUGCUUUGAAUGCUGUAUUAAGUGCCUUGGAGGGGUUCCAUAUGCGUCGCUGGUGGCAACGAUCUUGUGUUUUUCUGGCGUGGCGCUGUUCUGCGGCUGUGGUCAUGUGGCCCUUACCAAGGUGGAGAGGAUCGUUACAGUGUACUUCUCCAACAACUCCAGUGACCACGACUUAUUAUGUGACGUAAUCCAAAUGAUGCAGUAUGUCAUCUAUGGAGUUGCCUCGUUCUUCUUCCUGUACGGAAUUAUCCUCCUGGCAGAAGGCUUUUACACCUCAAGUGCUGUUAAAGAAAUCCAUGGCGAGUUCAAAACAACUGUGUGUGGACGCUGCAUCAGUGGAAUGUUUGUUUUUCUGACCUACGUGUUGGGAAUAGCCUGGCUGGGAGUCUUUGGCUUCUCUGCUGUCCCAGUCUUCAUUUAUUACAACAUGUGGUCAGCUUGUCAGACCAUCAACUCCCCACCGGCCAACCUGACAACGGCGAUUGAUGACAUCUGUGUAGAUGUCCGACAGUUUGGUAUUAUACCCUGGAAUGCUUACCCUGGCAAAGCUUGUGGCUCAAACUUGACCACUAUCUGCAGCACAUCUGAGUUUGAUUUGUCCUAUCAUCUGUUCAUCGUAGCUUGUGCUGGAGCUGGUGCGACUGUCAUUGCACUGCUCAUCUACAUGAUGGCUACCACAUAUAACUUUGCUGUUUUGAAGUUUAAGAGUCGAGAAGACUGCUGCACAAAAUUCUAAGUUGCUAUAGAAGCAGUAUACCGAGCUCUACGAGCCACACUGAGUAGCUUGAACUACCACUGACACCAUGGACUAAAACAGAAUUUAUUAAUCUGCAUUUUGCAAAUGAAAAUUUGUAAAUAGCAUAAGAAAGCUUCAUUUAGUAUCAACUCACUUAAAGCACUCUUUUUUUUAUUUGAACUAAAUGACCACCAUGAAAAUGUAUGAUCUGGCUAUUUUUCUUUUCUAAUAUGGGGAUAAAUGCAGAUAAAGUCACCAAUGGCUGAAGAAAUAGCUUUGGAAGGAAAGCAGUGCAAAUAGCAUCCUGAUUGCUCCAAAAUUUAUUGUUUCAAGAUCCACCUAGAAGCCAACAAUUGUCUUCUCUGAUAAGUAACUGGCUUUCUACAGGCAAUUUGCCAAUACCAGGUAAAUUUCCUGCCAAAUAACCAUAAUUUUUAAAAAGGUUAAAAAUAAAAUUCAAUGGCAGUUAAUAGUUCUGUGCAGUUACAUAUGAAUGCAGAUUAGGUCACAUCAUAAAGGAGUACAUCAGAACAGAUGAGAUCACUACUAUACUUUGAGUUUAGAAACACUGAAUAUCAGACUAUGAGAGAGUGGCUUUAAACCUCACAUUCAAAUGUCUAUCUUUUAUAAGUUUUCAUAAAUUUAAUUUGGGCUAGACAAAAAAAAAAUAAGACUGUGCUUUUUAUUAUUAGAUAAAACCAGAAAAUCCUGGAAUAUACUCAGCAAGUUAAGUAGCAUCUGAGAACAUCCACAGCAAUUUGCUUUGCAGAAUUGGCAGCUGGUCUUUAAACAACCAGUGCCACUCAACAGAGAGAGAAGGGUUAUACAUUAUGGCCUGAUUCCAAACUAUUCAUUGGCUUGAAAAUCUGUUGUAGAUGUAUUCCUCUCUCAGUUCCUCAGUGAUUAAUUACUUAUCAAUACAAUAGUUUUUCAGAUAUAGUCAAAAUAGAAAUCUUGUUACAAAGAGCCUUCAUGAUCUUUGUUAAUAAAAUCAAAAACAUAUUCCAGAAUUUAAAUCCUGUGUAGAAAAGUCAUUAUUGCAACAAAUUAUUUUCUGUAAAGGCCCUUUUAGAAUCUUAAUCUAACUCCUGUCACCAGACUCGGACAGAUCUACCUUGUCUCGUGCUACAAGUACUUUUAGUGAGUUUUGUCUGAUUCCAGCAAUUAGUCUUUUCCACUGCUCCACUAAUAUUACAGGGGUUUGCCUGCUCUGGAAUUUCAAAUGACUGAUAAUAUAAAACUUCCCAUUACAUUUUAACACCAUAUUUGACAUCAAGAACACAAAUCAACUUGAAAAUGAUAAUGAAGACCAUAAGAGAUAUGAGCAGAAUAAGGCCAGUCGGCCCAUCGAGUCUGCUCUGCCAUUUCAUCAUGGCUGAUUAUCCCUCUCAACCUCAUUCUCCUGACUUCUCCUUUAACCUUUAAUCUAUCAACCUCCGCCUUGAAUACACGCAAUGAUCCGGCUUUCACAGCCACCUGUGGCAAUGAAUGCCACAGAUUCACCACCCUCUGGCUAAAGACAUUCCUCAUCAUCUCAAUUUUAAAUGGGCAUCCCUCUAUUCUGAGGCUAUGCUCUCUGGUCUAGACUCCCCCACCAUAGGAAACAAUUUCUACACAUCCACUGAACCCUAAACCCUAACCUUUCAAUAUUCUAUAGGUUUCAAUGAGAACCCCCCCCCCCCCACAAUUCUUCUAAAUUCCAGCAAGUACAGGCCCAGAGACAUCAAGUGCUCCUUGUAUGAUAACCUUUUCAAUCCCAGCAUCAUUGUCAUGAACCUCCUCUGAACCCUCUCCAAUGUCAGCACAUCCUUUCUUUGAUAAAGUACACAAAACUGCUCAAAAUAUUCCAAGUCAGGCCUCAUUAGUGCCUUAUAAAGCUUUAACAUUACAUCCUUGCUUUUAUAUUCAAGUCUUCUCGAAAUGAAUGCAAACAUUGCAUCUACCUUACUCACCACUGAUUCAGCCAGCAAGUUAACCUUCAGGAUGUUCUGCACGAGGAUUCCCUUUUCACCUCAGAUUUUUGCAUGUUUUGCCCAUUUAGAAAAUAGUUUAUGCUUUUGUUCCUUCAACCAAAGUGCAUGACAAUACACUGUCUGGCACUGUAUUCCAUCUGCCACUUCUUUGCCCAGUCUCAUAAUCUGUCCAAGUCCUUCUACAGCCUCCCUGCUUCCUCAACAAUACCUGCCAUCCUCCACCUAUCAAAAUACUUACUUUUUUCAUCUGCAAUUACCUUGUUCCCCAUAACUACCUCUCCAGCGUCAUUUUCCAGUCAACCAAUAUCUACUGUCAUCUCUUUUUUACCCUUUAUAUAACUGGAAAAAAAACUUUUGACAUCCUCUUUGAUGUCAUUGGCUAGUUUACCUUCAUAUUUCAUCUUUUCCCUCCUUAUGGCUUUUUAGUUGCUUUGUUGGUUUUUAAAACUUUCCCAUCCUCUAACUUCCCACUAAUUUUUGCUCUAUUAUAUGCCCUCUCUUUUGCUUUUAUUUUGGCUUUGACUUCCCUUGUCAGCCACGGUUGUGUCAUCCUGCCUUUAAAAUACUAACUCUUUAAGAUGACUCUAUCCUGCACCCUCUGAACUACUUCCAGAAAUUCCAGCGUUGGCUGUUCUGCCAUCAUCCCUACGAGUGUCCCCUUCCAAUCAAUUUUGUACAGCUCCUCUCUCCUGCCUCUAAAAUUCCCUUUACUCCACCGUGAAACUGAUAUAUUUGACUUUAGCUUCUCCCUGUCAAUUUGCAGGGAGAAGUCUUAUCACAUUGUGAUCAUUGCAUCAUAAAUGUUCCUUUACCUUAAGCUCCCUAAUCAAAUCCAGAAUAUCCUUUCCCCUUGUGGGCUCAACCACAAGCUGCUCUUAAUAAACCAUCUCUUAGGCAUUCUACAAAUUCAGUCUUGGGAUCCAGCACUAAUCUGAUUUUUCCAAUCUACCUCCAUAUUGAUAUCCCCAAUGACAAUGGUAACAUUGUCCUUUUGACAUGUAUUUUCUAUUUUCUGUUGAAAUUUGUUGCCCACAUCCUAAGCUAGGGUACAUACCUCCUAUCAGUCUUUUUACCCCUGCGGUUUCUUAACUUUGCCCUCAAGGAUUCUACAUCUUCUGAUCUUUUGUCACUGCUAAGGAUUUGAUUUCAAUUUUUACCAACAGCCACCCUGCCCCCUCUGCCUACCUGCCUGUCCUUCCGAUGCAAUGUGUAUCUUUAAUGCAGAAAUGCAGUAAUUUUAAUUGUCACUUUUGACCUUAAAAUUAUAAAUUUCGGUUUGAGACAGAUUUACACUUUUCCUCUUCAUAUUUUCUCCAUAUCACUCUAACGUUUUUGUCUUUGGCCUCUUAGACUGUCCCAUUGAACUCUUGAGGAACAGCACCACUUCACCUGUCUAGCAAUGUUUAAAAAUUUUCAGAUGGUCAGCAAUUCUAGCCAUGUUUAUUUUUAUUUUCAUGGUAACUUCAUAUGAUUUUUCAGCUUCACUUACAUGCAUUUCCUCCAGAUCUGUUAUUCGCUAAUACUUCUAGUACCAUAUUUAACGCUAUCAUAAAAAUCUAUCAGAUGUAUCAUACAAACCCAUGCCUUCUGACAUGACUCUCUGUUUUAAAAUGUAUCUGAUCUCUAACUUUUCCUAGUCAUGAUGCAAGAUGUUGGCUGACAUGCUGAGUAUUCCAUCACUUGAUUUUAUCAGUUUCAAUAGUUUAUUUUGCAUUGGAUGAAACUUUAAAUCCACAGAAAUUUUAAGUUGUGCAUGUAAAAGCCUUCAUUUUGGGGGGCAUAUAUAAUUUAAAAAAUCAUAAAACGAUAUAGUUCCAUCUCAAAAAAAAAGAGGAUCUUUAUGUUGCAACAGAACAGUUUUAAAAAAUACACUCAAGAUAAAGUGCAACAAGUUCUUUUUAUCCAGUAAAUAAUUGAACAACAGCGAAUGAUUAGUCAAAUACAAAUGAAACAGUCUGGGAAAUAGAUUCUUCAAAUAGCUAGAUCAUACAUUUUACACAAGGCGAAGACGUUUCAGUUGUUGGAACACAAAGUGAGAAAUAGAUUGCUUGUUUUUAAAAAAAACUGCUUGGAAUGUAGGCUCUGUCUCCUCCAUCCUCAUCCCCCACCUCUUCUUCCUACAAGUAGGGUUCUUCAUUGUGAUGCUGGGAAUACACCAAUUUGAAGCUUAAUAAAACAUUAAGAAUGACUACAUUAAAUACUAAUAGAAAUUUCCCCUGCAAUUACAGUGUUGGCAGCCAAGAGAUAGUUAAUUGUAUCGUGUAAUUAAGUUUAACACUUACCUUUGCCAGACAUCUUUUUUAAAUCUUCAAAUGUGCCAUUAUAAUAUUUGUUAACCUCUAAACUGCAUGCUUUACACUUGUUUUAGUUACCUUUUGUUACAAAAAUUCCCACUUUUCAGCAUUAUUUAAUUUUCUUAAUACAGUAUUUUGAAAUUGUAUGUAUAGACACUUUAUUGACUUUCAGUCAUUUUUUUCUUCAUAUACUCAAAAUAAACAUGCUUUCUUUACAAAAUCGCUGCCUUUUUGUGAU